UGUAGUCGUCUGUCUGCUCCUUUCACACAUCCGAAGACCUCGCUAAGGUAUCAAAAGCAACUUCAAAUUCAUCUAGAUCCAUCGACGUCCGUACGAACCCGCAUUAUCCAAUCGAACUUAAUGCCCACCAUGACAAGCCGGAAAUUGCCCUUCAAUCCACAGGAGAACAGCCGUCUAAUGAGACUACCACAAGAGAUCAGGGACGAAAUCUAUGGGUAUCUCUUUCACUCGACUCGCUUCUGCUUUGGCGAGCGGGCGGUCGGUCUCAUCGACCUUGAUACUCGUCGAGUCGUUUCAAGGAACAGAGGCAAAUCACUUGCUCUCUUGCGAGCAUGUCAACGAACGCACGCUGAAGUAGGUUCCACAUGGCUUGGUCAAGCACUGUUCCAUUUUGAGGACCCGAAAGCUCUGCUUGACAAGCUGGCUGUCGUGGAUGAUGCUAUCCGUAGCCAGAUCAGAUACGUCCGCGUGUCGGGAGAUACAUGUGAUGUCGAGUGGGGCUACGAUGACUGCUACUAUCGCACUGCUCAAGUAUUGAAGCUACUGCCUUCCCUGCGUCUCGAGAGACUCACUGUUCUGGGCCCGAAGUUUCAUCGUGCAUGCUACGAAAAUCUGGACUCUUUGAUCAAGUAUAGUGAUGGCUGGAAAGAGCUCCAUUAUAUUUCUCACAGUUCCGAAAUGCUGGGCUUCCGAGCUUUCUUCGACACCGAACGUCAUACACGUUUGCCUCAGCCAAAGUCCUGGCAGCAGGAGCUGGAUGAGCGAGAUGGACCAGAAGCGCGGUCGGUGGUGACAGUAUACCGCAGCAACAGCCCGACCAGGGGCUCCAUUCUAGAUGCCACGAGGCGCACGCUCUUUCAGCAGCAAAUGGAAGCGGAUCAGUCGGCAAACGCAUAUGGCAAGACAGAGGACAUCUCGCUCAUGGCGCCUGGAGAACGCGAGAAGGAACUUCUGGUCGUCGUGAGGCGUGGCGCUGGCGUCGACUAUGCUGAAAAGAAUCCAACCUCUAUGCUUCCGAUUGGCGAUAUCCGCGACGACUCUCGUGCGCAGACCUGGACCGAGGUCAAGGCGACUUCGAAAGCAAUGAGUGCGGCAUAUCGCGAUGACUAUGACUCCGAUUCCGAUUCGGAUGAGGAUUCGGAUGAGAACGAUGAGGGCGAGGUAUUGCUGGACGAUUACAGCGAUGUCAAUGAAUACACGUGGCCUCCAUUCCACUUUGUAAGGUAAUGGGGAGACCUAGGUUGUUUGCACUUGUGCAAAUUUCAUGAUUGUAAGAAACACGGGCUUUAUUCUCGCGAGUGGACUUUAUUGAGGCAUGUCAUCUCUUCCUCAACCAACUGUAAAUGCGUCC